AUGGACUCAUCACCUCUCACUCUACGCGCGUAUACUCCGGCUCCUACUCCAGCGUCUGAAGACGACGACAAACUCCCACAACACACAAAACCCUCGCGCAUCAAAGUCCUCGAGCUCCCCGAAAGACAACGCAAGCGCGCCGAAUCCGCUGCCUCCUGCGCCGCUGUACAUUUCGAAGAUAACCAUAUCCGCGCGGCCUUCUUACACAUAUCAAAAGUCCGCGACGAAUCUCACAUCCGCGCCAAAUGCGGCGACCGCACAGGAUGGGCCGCUCUGCAAGUCGAAAAGCGCCAGCAGCGCGAGACUAUGCCCGCCGAAGCGCGCGCAAACAGACUAUCGCGUCCGCAACCUCGCCUAGCUGUGAGCGCGCCCGUCAUGGCUAAGAAUGGGUUAUCGCGACCUCUGCCUGCGAGUCCAGUGGGGAACGCGUGGUCCGGGGAGCAUUACUGGAAACCGCAAUUCUGUGAGUCGGGGCCUGGAAGCCCGGGCUCGGAUGAAGCCGGGUGCGCGCACAGUGACGCAGCGCGUCAAAGAGUGUACGAUUCAGUGGUCGCGGACGUAGAGACGUGCGUGACUGACUUGAAGGCUGAAAUUGCGCAGAGUGGUGAGCAGAUGACGGAUGCAGAAGUUGAAGUCAUGGCCGCCAUGACGGUUCUUGAAGAGAAGAACGCCAUCUAUGCAAUUGAAGACGAGAUGCCUGUACCGAAAGAUGUUACCUCAAUAACAAAAGACCUCGCCGACGACCAGAAACAAGCUCUUGACCAAAACCUGAUUCGCUGUGAAUCCGACUUUUGCGAAUCAAAUUGGCUCCAGUUCGCACAGAACUCAUUGCAGCCUACGACAACCCUCGAAUAUGUGCGUGCAAGCCUUUAUAUGAUCAAGAAGCGGAGGAGGAGCGCAGGGCUGGAGCCUUCGGAGCCAGCACACGGCCUCGUGCAUGCUGUGCAGAUCCUGGAAGAGAAGACAAGGAAGCUGAAGGCGCGAGACAGCUAUGAAGAAAGCAGCGAUGAUGAUAUGGUGGAAUAUGGAAAGUUUCUUAAAAGCAUAGCCGAAGUUCUUCCCAAGCAGGGAGAGAAGCGUAGUAGUAUCAGGAGGGAUGUUUCAGAAAGCGGGCUUGGGAGGAGGAGACUGAGGGGGAAAGCUCCUAGUACGCUCGACUUGGAGACAUGGGCAUCGGAACUGAAAGAACUCGAAGAGAAGGGUGGGGUCAAUGAGUCUAGUAACGAGGAUUUGAGCUGCUAA